UUUAAGGUGCGCAUAGCGGCAAAAUUCAUCAUUCAUGCUCCUCCUGGGGAAUUUAAUGAGGUGUUCAAUGAUGUUCGAUUACUGCUUAACAAUGAUAAUCUUCUCAGGGAAGGAGCAGCCCAUGCAUUUGCACAAUACAACCUGGACCAGUUUACUCCAGUAAAAAUUGAUGGUUACGAUGAGCAGGUGUUGAUAACAGAACAUGGCGACUUGGGCAAUGGUAAAUUUUUGGAUCCAAAAAACAAGGUCUCCUUUAAAUUUGAUCACUUAAGAAAAGAGGCUACUGAUCCUAGGCCCCAUGAAGCUGAAAAUGCAUUAGAAUCCUGGAGAAAUUCAAUUGAGACUGCAGUGAGAGCCUAUGUGAAAGAACACUACCCAAGUGGUGUCUGCACAGUGUACGGUAAAACAAUUGAUGGACAGCAAACCAUUAUUGCAUGUAUAGAGAGCCAUCAGUUUCAAGCAAAAAACUUUUGGAAUGGCCGUUGGAGGUCAGAAUGGAAGUUUACAAUCACCCCUUCAACUACUCAGGUGGCUGGCAUCUUGAAAAUUCAGGUUCAUUAUUAUGAAGAUGGUAACGUCCAGUUAGUGAGCCAUAAAGAUGUACAGGAUUCUCUAACAGUUUCUAGCGAAGCCCAAACAGCAAAGGAAUUCAUAAAAAUUGUAGAGGCUGCAGAAAAUGAGUAUCAGACUGCCAUCAGCGAGAAUUAUCAGACAAUGUCGGACACUACCUUCAAAGCCUUACGUCGACAGUUGCCAGUUACCCGCACUAAGAUUGACUGGAACAAGAUCCUUAGCUACAAGAUUGGAAAAGAGAUGCAGAAUGCUUAAGACGAACAUUGCAUGACUGGAUCAUUUUAGUGUCCUUGUAUAGAAAUAAAACUUAUUACAAAAAGUAUUUGGAACGGUCAAGUCACCCAGUCAGCAUGGGCUUUUGCCAUUGAAAAAUCACUGUAAGUAGUUUGGUUAGAGCACAAAGCUUAGCUAAUUGACCAUUUUUUUUCUUUCUGUUUUUUCCUUUUCUCAGAGCAUUGCAAAAUCAGUGUAGCUCAAAUUCUUUUCAAGUUUCUGUUGUACCUUGACAUUUUUAUAAUGAAAACCAUGCCUUUAGUUUUCAAUUGAAAAUUAAGAACAGUUCAAAAAACUAUUUUUGCAUACAAUAACCCUUUAUCUCUUGCUUUCAUAAGAAGUGGGCGACUUUUGAAAUUUGCUGGAUUCCUCAAAGAAAUUGUUAAUGUACAUUUCUAGUUCAAGGCUCAUCAUGAAUUUUGCCAUAGGUGCUGCUGUAGAAACCAUCUAUCCCUUCAUUGUAUGUAAGAUUGGGAAAGCAUUUUCUAUAUUAUGUUUAAAUCUUCCAAAAUACUUAUUUAGCUAGCUCAGUGUUAACUAAACUUUUUUUAAAUAAGGCCAAGGUCUAAUGCUGUUUUAAGAUUAUCAAAUUAAAUAAAAAUACUUAUUUCAGAAAUGCAUUUAAUGCUUUGUUCCUGACAGUUACUUAAAUGAACUCAAAUUCCAUCUGCCCUUGAGUUUAUUUUUUAUCAUACAGCCACAAAUGUAUUAUAACAAGGCAUACUGUAAUAUAUAUAAUCCUGUACUCAUUACCAUGUCUUUCAGUUUAUUUUUCUUGGAUUGAAAUGUACUAAAAUUCAAUGUGACAUUAAAAUGCAAAUUUUCUAUUUAUUUGAGCAGCAAAUUGCUUAAUGAUAUAUCAUAUUAUGUGGUAUUUAUAAAAGAUGAAACCUGCUUGAAGCAGAUAUUUUUCCCGUCUGAAAUUUGUGGAGUUUUAUGGCUGUAUUAGAAAACCUGGGUGUACGUGCGGCUUGCUGUAACAUUAUACGUUUUGUCUUCAUAAAUGUAAGGAGCGUGUUCAUAAUAUGCCAUUGACAGCUGUUCAUGUUGACUGUAGGGAACUGAAGAAACUUACAACAAUAGUGAAGACAAAGAAUUCUGAUAGAAUGGGGGAGAAUAUUUUCUUUAUCUGUUGCAGUUGGGAGUGAGAAACGGUUUUAGGGUUAAACAAAGACCUUCCAGUUUCAGUGUACACAGAAAAACUUUUUAGUGGUUUGAAAGGUAAACAGUUGCCUUUAAAACUAUGUAUGAAAGUAUAAUCUUACCACUUGCUGAAACGUGCUUAUGUUCCUAAUUUAACACUAUAAGAAUUUUUUUUAAUUAAUUGAAUGCAUUUUUAUAGGUGUUAAACUUAACUGGGAUUAUGGGAGUUCCUGUAGAACAAAGGCAUUAUAUGAAUUCUUAUUUGUUUGUUUUUUUAAGGAUUCUAAUCAUUUACUUUAAGUCUAGGUCAUGGCAUAGGAUGAAGGUGAACAUAGAUUUGUGCAAAGUUUUAUUAUUAUAAAAAAUGCACGAGUGUUCUACUUUAAUCUUCAACUUUCAACUGUAUUUUUUCAGAAUAAUAAAAACACUGAAAUAGAAA